CUGGUUCAUCAUCAACACCCUACCCGGCUUAUCUGGUGACCUAGAACAAUUGAAGAGCUGAGAAACAUCAAGGGGACCAAAGUAAUAAAUGGAAAAGAAAGAAUAAAUUAUUGAGGGGGGGUUCCUUUUCUCCCUUGCCUGAUCGAUAAACAAUCAGGAAAGUUUCACCAAUUGAUUAAUUAAUGUCGUAGGACCCCAUGACAGUCGCUUGAUAAAGUUUCAAGAACACACCAAUCUGUCUGCCAUUCAUAUCAUCCCCCUUCAAGCUAACCUGACUAGUUUUACAUAUUCACAUUGGAGAUAAGGGAAGGAGCAUGGCCAUGUUGCCACAAGCACUUCUUCUGGUCCUUCUUUUUCACACUGGUGUUGCAUCAAGCUCGUCCAUCAUCAACAACCUACCGGGCUUUUUCGGUGACCUCCCCUUCAAACUAGAAACUGGGUACGUGGGAGUCGGCGACUUAGAUGAAGUGCAGCUAUUUUAUUACUUCGCUGAGUCCGAGGGGAGUCCUGAGCAUGACCCUCUUAUGCUUUGGCUCAGUGGAGGUCCUGGUUGUUCUGGUUUUCAUGCCUUUGUAUACGGAAGUGUAGGUUCACUGUCAUUUGACUAUACAGAGUCCAGUUACAACAAGCCAAAAUUGAAGUUGAAUCCAUACUCAUAUACAAAGGUUGCCAACGUAAUAUUUUUAGAUGCACCUGUGGGCACAGGAUUCUCAUAUGCAAAAACUUGGAAAGGAUACACCAAUAUGAGUGCCACGUCUUAUGCCGCGCAAACAUAUCAGUUUCUUAAAAAGUGGUUUCUGGAUCACCCCAAGUUCCUCAACAAUCCACUCUAUAUUGGUGCAGAGUCUUAUUCAGGCAUUGUUCUUCCAAUUGUAGUUAAGGAAAUAUCAGAUGGUAAUGAAGAAGGAGAUGAGCCACCAAUGAAUCUCAAGGGAUAUGUGCUUGGCAACGCAGGGUGUGACUCAAAAAAAGAUAUGAGCUAUACUGUACCAUUUUCCCACCUAAAAGCCCUAAUAUCAGAUGAACUAUACCAGUCAACUAAAAGAAAUUGCAACGAAAAUUAUACUGAUGUGGAUCCAAGCAAUGAGUUAUGCCUGGAUGAUAUGGAACUUGUAAAUGAGUGUGUCAAAGACAUAAACCCAGCACAUAUAUUGGAACCCAAAUGCACUUACUCAUCCCCAAACCAUCUCAGCAAUAAGCACUCUGUAAAUCUUCUCCUUCCUUUUUCUCAACUUCCCAGGCAAUGGUGUCGGAAAGACAAUUAUAUCUUCUCUGAGGUUUGGGCGAAUGAUAAAGCGGUUCAAAAUGCCCUCCACAUUCGGGAGGGAAGCAUUAAGGAAUGGGUGAGAUGCAAUAGGAGCUUAUCAGCUUCAUAUAUACAUGAUGUUUCCUCUAGUCUUGUUUAUCAUGAGUACCUCAUAAAAAAAGGCUAUAGGGUUCUGGUUUACAGUGGUGACCAGGACAUGAUGGUUCCAUAUUUGGGAACUAUUGAUUGGAUAGAAUCUCUAAACUUGAAUGUCACUUUUCCUUGGAAACCUUGGCUCGUCAACGGACAAGUUGCAGGAUACAGAGUGCAGUAUACAUAUGAAAAGUACCACUUGACAUUUACAACUAUAAAGGGAGCAGGUCACGUAGCUCCGGAGUACAAACCCGAAGAAUGUCUUGCUAUGGUUCGCAGGUGGUUCGCAUACGACCCUCUGUAGUCAGUAGUUGAGAUUACCAAUCUUUUGAAGGAUGAUUUUAGUUAUUCGAGUGAUAUUUUCUUCCUGGAAACGUUUUCAUCAUUCGCACUGGUGUCAUUGUAAAUAAGCAAGUUACAAUUUGCAACCCCAAUAAUUCAUUAAUUUAUGUUGUAAAUCCCUUCAUCAAUAAUAUAUUUCUUUAGAUUCAGUGAAAUAAUAGAAUACUGGAACAGAAUGAGGAACCUAAACCUAAAGCACACCUUAUAGCA